AGUUGUUUUGUUGUUUAUCUUACAGGUCAUACGUUAAUUUAUCAACCCCGGUAACCUUUCGUAUUGACGUUAUACAAUCAUUGAUCUAAUAUACACGAUAUCGAUAUCCAACAAAACCUUUGACGUUAGGAUUGAAACGGCUAAUGGAAUGGAACAGGCAGCUAUAACGCUUCUAAAUAAUGUUGAUCUUAAUGUUGAUGAUUACACUAUAAGAAUCCGUAUUGUUCGGCUAUGGACAAGACCUUCUUUCAACAAUCCUAGGAAGGUUUAUUGCUACGACAUGAUAUUCAUGGAUCAGGAGGGCACCAAAAUGCAGGCUUUCGUGUUACAAAAAAACACUACUGCUUACGAGCAUUUGCUGAAAGAAAAUCAGUGUUUAACUAUUCGUAAUCCUUCUCUUGGAGAAAACCGUCAGAAAGUGAAAUACGUUCAUAGUUCGUUCAAGAUAAAUCUAAAUGAGAACACCAUUGUCGAGCAAUCUGCCGAACCUGUUGGUGCUGAAUGGGGAUUUGAUUUUUCUCCAUUUGAGUCAGUUGUUGAAGACCCUGAUAAUGACGGCAAGUCAUUCAAAAGCCCUAUUGACGUUAUCGGUUUUGUUGUGAAGUGUCUUCCGUCAGAGGAGAAGACUGAAAAUAAUAACGGGAAAGAUGAGAAGAAGGCUACCUUUAUUCUGGUGGAUUUGCAACACCAGCAGAUUUACGUUACUCUGUGGGGGGUUUAUGCCGAUCAGAUUAUUGAGUUUCAAAGAGAACAUAAGGAUGAAAAAAAUGUUGUUGUGGUUGUUCAGUUUGGCAAGUACCGUUUUUGGGGAGGAAAUUUGUUCGUAUCCAAUUUGUAUACUGUAACUCGAGUGUUCAUAAACACUGAAAUUCCCGAGAUUUGGAAUUUAAAAGAAGGCACGUAA